CAUCACAUUUGACUUAAUUAUUAACUGGUAUUGUGUGUCCGUGUCGAAAUUGGGAUUAUUAGAAUAGAUAUCAAAAUUUUUCGUGAAAUACACAUGGGUUUGCGUUUCUCCGAUUGGCGACAAUUCGUCAAGGAUGUCGGUAUAGCCACCAACCAUAGAAUCCACCAACAUUGCGCGAUCUUCAGCUGACUUCACGCAAGUAAAAAAAAGUGGGGUUAAUAACAACAAAAACAUGUUAAAUCACUUGAAACGGGUGAUUUAUCUCGAAAAAUGCCCCCGUGGACGCUUCAUGUCUGUAAAACGCAAAUACCCCAUCGAUCGCGACGAGGCAAAAUCACUGCCUGUCUUUGACUACGGUACUAGUAAAAAGUCGUACAAACGAGUGUUUGUUUGGGGCAACCUUAUGUCGGGGGCCUUAGGUAUUCCGUAUUUGAGACGCAACGAAAAUGUCAUGCAUCGGGAGACAGUAGACAUCCCAAAGCGGCUAGGUUUUGCUGAAAAAUUCCCAGUGACUACUGCCGCUUGUGGCUUCGGUUUCACCGCGUUUGGUGUUGAUACCGAAUCUGAAGAUAAAUUGUACGGAACGGGCCUUAAUACCGACUCACAAAUUGGAAGACAUGAAGUGCGUCAAGGGCACCCUUUGGAGAUUAUUUACUUCCCGCAGGCCAUUAAACUACCUUUAAAAAACCCAACCAAAACUCGGAUACGAAAGUUAGCGGCGGGGCGUGCACAUCUCGUGGUGUUAACAGACGAGGGACUCUUCCUCCUAGGCAAUAACGCCUACGGCCAGUGCGGGCGCGAAAUCAUCCAAGACGAAAAUUAUUUUUUAAGUAAUUACAUAAACCACAUUCCUGAUAUAGACAGUAAGAAAGUAACCGACAUUGAAUGUGGUCAAGACCACACUUUGGCCGUAACUGACGACGGGGCUGUGUAUUCCUGCGGGUGGGGGGCUGACGGCCAAACGGGCCUCGGCACGUUUGACAACACAAGUGCCUUCACGAGAAUCACGGGCGAGAUUGAGUCCGAAAAAAUAGUCAAAAUAUCGUCGCGAUCCGACUUCGCGUUGGCCCUUAAUGACAGGGGCGAAGUCUUCGGCUGGGGCAACGCUGAGUACGACCAGAUCCCCACAAUAAACAACGAGCAACAAGUGAGCAACCCAGUCCACCUCAAGCACCUGAAAGUGGGCAAAGUCGUGGAUGUGGCAGCCGGGGGCUCAUUUUGCCUCGCUUUGAACGAACACGGGGAGGUUUUCGUGUGGGGCUACGGUCUAGUCCUCGGGGGGCCCAAGGCCGAGCAAACCUCCCGCCCGAGGAAACUCCCCGAGGUUUUGUUCGGCAGGAACGACUUUCAACCUAACAACAGGGUGGUACAAGUGGCUUGUGGGUUGAGCUACGCCAUGGCUGUGACGAGUCUGGGGGAUGUUUACGCGUGGGGGCGCAACAUGAGGGGCUGUCUGGGGCUGGGGUUCGCCAACGACCAGAACUUCCCGUUUAAAGUGGCGCUAGGGGGCUACGCGUCGAAGGUGUUUUGCGGGUAUGACCACACGGUGGCACUUUGUAAACCUUUUAUUUAAUAAAUUUAAGAGUAAAAAAUAA